GCCCCGUGGCAGUGACCGGCGUUGGGGUCACUUCCGGUCGCUGCCUUUCUGCUUCCGGGUCCGAAGCUCUCCCCUCCGCCGUCGCUUACGAACAGCCCCGCUGCGCCGGACACUGCUCAGCGCCCCGCUCUGCCCGCAGCGCCCGCCAUGAGGCUGUACAGCCUGAGCGUGCUGUACAAGGGUGAGGCCCGCGUGCAGCUGCUGAAGGCCGCCUCCGAUGUCUCCACCUUCAACUUCUUCCAGCGGUCCAGCGUGCAGGAAUUCAUGACCUUCACCAGCCAGCUGAUCGUGGAGCGCUCGGAGCUGGGCAGCAGGGCCUCGGUCAAGGAGCAAGACUACCUGUGCCACGUCCACGUGCGCGGUGACGGGCUGGCUGGUGUGGUGAUCGCCGACAACGAAUACCCGUCACGGGUGUGCUUCACUUUGCUGGACAAGGUCCUGGAGGAGUUCUCCAGGCAGGUGAGCAGGGCAGACUGGCCCUCGGGGUCUCCUGCCACCAUCAGCUAUGCAGCUCUGGAUGGAUACCUCAGCAAAUACCAGAACCCCCGUGAUGCCGACCCGAUGACCAGAGUGCAGGCAGAGCUGGACGAGACCAAAAUAAUCCUGCACAACACUAUGGAGUCACUGCUGGAGCGAGGGGAGAAGCUGGAUGAUCUGGUGUCCAAAUCUGAGGUGCUCGGCGUGCAGUCCAAAGCCUUCUACAAGACCGCCCGAAAGCAGAACUCGUGCUGUGAGAUUAUGUGACCCGGAGCCGGGGCUCUCCUGCUCCAGCUCACCGGGGCCUUCACUCCCGUUCGGAUCUCGGCCGCUCCCAGGACUGAAAGCAGAACCCCGCGGGCUCCUGGGCCGCAGCCUUACCCAAAAACUGGACUCAGCGGCCCCUGUGCCGGGGGAGCGCCGUGCCCCGCCAUGACGCCUGUCACACCAGCGAGUGCCUCGGCCGUGGGAUGGGGAGAGAGGAGCCGGGCCCCCCUGCAGGGCCUGGGGCUGUGCGGGGAGCGGGGGGGCUUUUAUGGGGCUGCUGCAGGGGGGGGGGAAGAGGGAGGGGAGAUGGGUUUCUCUGGUCUGCGGCAGGCUGGGGGCUCCGUGCUGCGUUCUGCCCCCUUCCUCCAGCAGAACCAGGGGCCGUGGGGGCAGGGAGGCACCCAGGGGACGUGGCACUGCACAGGAAGCCCUGCAGCAUGGCGCUGGUGGGGGCCGUCACCUUUGGAAUGGGUCUGAACCCCCACUUCCUGCCUGGCCCCUGCGGGCAGGUUUGGGGCGUGGGGAAGCGGCGGGGACGGGUGUGGGGCUCCCUGCUCAUCGCCCCAUGGCAGCCAGGGGGGUCUCAGCCUCCCCCACUCCUCGGGAAGGGCAAAGCUUUCGCUCGGGAUGUAGUGUGAUCGGUGUUGCCUGUUGUUUCCGUGCUGGCCCAUAAAGUUGUCUUUGACGGUU